CUUUUUUUUUUUUGCUGAAAAGCGAGUUUUGUAUGCGCCUUGAUAAAAGGGCAGUAGGAGAGCUCGUUUCUGUUGUAUAAUACACAAGUCUAGCGUCUCCAAGAAUGUCAGCCUUUCUCCGCUUAAAAUUACUCAAGGCAGAAGUAGCUCCUGCCCCUGGAGUAGCUAGGGUAGACACUUUUGCGGCGGUGAGCAUCAAAGAGACGGAGCAGUCGCCACAAGGUCCUGUGUUAGUCCAAAAGAAGAAAACCUUUUAUCCUGAAUGGGGGAAAUGCUUUGACUCUCACCUUGUGACUGGUAGGAGGAUGAUGGUUGAAGUGAUGGAUAGAGCUUCCCCUGAGACAAAGAUAGCUGAGAUGGUUGUGGAGACUGAGGAGCUUUCCUCAAUAUGUAAGGAGGAGCCUGAUCCAUCAAGUGCUAUCAAUCUAGCACUGGAUCUAAGACCCAAAGGGAAACUCAUACUACAGGUUAAACUGUAUGGACAAACAUCAGACUGUCCUGCUGACAGAACUCCGGAGCAUUUAGAGUCUUUGCCAAAGAAUGCAACAGCUCUUCGUGGGAGACGUAAUGCCAUUCACCUGAGGCAAUUGUCAGUUUGUGAAAGGAAGGGACAUCGGUUUGUGAAGAAGUUCUUCAGGCAGCCGGUGUAUUGCUCUUACUGUCAUGAGUUCUUGUGGGGAUUUACAAAGCCAGGGUUUCAGUGUCAAGUAUGCGCUUAUACUUCACAUGUGAAAUGUGUUGAAUCAAUCAUUGCCAACUGCACUGGAGCUACAGUACACGCUACACUCUCCAAGAAUCUUAAAGAAAGGUUCAAGAUUGAUAUGCCACAUCGUUUCAAACCUCACUCAUUUUUACGUCCGACUUUCUGUGAUCAUUGCGGCCAACUAAUGCGGGGGUUGUUUAGGCAAGGAGUAAAAUGUGGCGUGUGUGGAGUCAAUUGCCACAGUCGUUGCCAGCCCAACAUACCUAACCUCUGUGGAGUGAAUGAGAGACUAAUGGCUGAAGCACUCAAGGACGUGGACGAGGUUAAAAAGAAGAGGCUGUCAAGUAGUAGUAGUGCAGGGUCAGUUGUUAGUCCUAAAGGAGGAGCAGGUGCUAUAGGAGGAGCAGCUCCUAAGCCUCCACUGGCAGCAAUACCUGAUGACCACGAGAUUUACAUGGAUGUGACACAAGAUAUGAUCAAGCCAACGGUUCCAUCAAGAAAAGGUAACGGAGCAGCUGGACGAGCUCCCCCUCCUCCUGUCCCUCACAAACCAGCCAAACCUUCUUACAAACUGAGUGACUUUCAAUUAAUCAAAGUCCUCGGGAAAGGAAGCUUUGGAAAGGUACUUCUUGCUAAGUUGUCGAAGGGAAACGAGUCCUAUUUUGCCAUUAAAGCUCUCAAGAAAGACGUUGUACUAGAGGACAACGACGUGGAGAGCACUUUUGUGGAGAAAAGGAUAUUAGCGUUAGGAUCCAGUCAUCCUUUCCUGACUCAUCUUUUGUGCUCAUUUCAAACUCCAAGUCAUCUCUUCUUUGUGAUGGAGUACCUCAAUGGUGGCGAUCUCAUGUUCCACAUUCAAGUCUCGCAUAAAUUCAAAUUGCCUCGUGCCCGUUUUUAUGCAGCUGAAAUCAUCUGUGCCCUCCAAUUUCUACACAGCAAAGGAAUUAUAUACAGAGAUUUAAAACUUGAUAAUGUGUUACUGGAUUGCGAUGGUCAUGCUAAGUUAGCUGAUUUUGGCAUGUGCAAGGAAGGAGUGUUUGCACCAAAUAAAACAGGAACAUUUUGUGGUACCCCAGACUACAUCUCACCAGAGAUUGUAAAAAAUGAACGUUACAGCUACUCAGUUGAUUUCUGGUCUCUCGGUGUUCUCUCUUACGAGAUGCUCACAGGACAGUCUCCAUUUAGCGGCGACAGUGAAGAAGAACUCUUUGAUUCUAUUUGUAACUGCAACGUACCUUUUCCCUCAUUCCUGGCCCCUAGCUCCAUUGACUACCUCAAAAAAUUGCUAGAGAGGGAUCCUGAAAAGAGAUUAGGCUGUAUGGAGGACAGGAUGCCCAUUAGGAGUCAUCCUUUCUUUUCGCCGAUUGACUGGGUCAAACUGGAAACAAGGGAGUCUGAACCUCCUUUCAAACCAAAAGUUAAAUCACCUGGUGACGUCAGCAAUUUUGAUGAUGAUUUUACAUUUCAAGAACCCAAUCUAACUCCUUGCGAUAACAGGCUUGUGCAAUCAAUCGACCAAUCAAAUUUCAGAGGUUUUUCGUAUACAAACGAUCGUAUAAAAAUUUAAAAGACACAAGUGAUUGAUGGUCUAUUUUUUAAAAUAUUUUAAUUUUUGUUGUUGCUCUUUUUUCUUAUCUAGUUUUGUUUAGAUUCUCCUAAUACAAUGAUAAUAAUAAUUAUAA